UAGCCUUCAUAAUUAGUCGCAAUCAAUCGAGCAGAAUGGCUUCAUCCACAGGUCUCCUGGUGGUGUCCAACAUCAAGCACCUUGGCAAAUCCCUGCGAGCCAUCGAGAAGUACGUGAAUUCACUGUACAUCCACCUAAAUGUGGCGGGGUCAACGUCCACGACGUCACCAGUUCCACCGCCUCCGGUUUGGGGUCGUCUAAUCUCGCAGCUGUACGCCAACAGCAGCAGCUAUGUGGGCAAGCAGUUGGACCUUCGCGUCCUUGUCUCUCCCCUACGACCAGGUGCCAAUGGAUCCCUGAAGUUGCGCCAGCCCGUCGACCUAAUCUUCUCGGAUGCACAUCAUCCGGAGCUGUGCGACAGGCUUCGCGCGGAUCUUAACAUCAGCAAGCCAACAAUCUUCCUGGAUGACUCGGUCAUCUCGGAUUUAAGUGCCCAGCAGGAUGACACCCAGCCGCCUAAGGUGUAUCCCUCGGUUGUCCUGGGCGGAACAUUCGAUCGCAUCCAUCUGGGACACAAGAUAUUCCUCACCCAGGCUGUACUGCGCACCUGCAAGCGUUUGGUUGUGGGCGUAACCACCUCCGCCAUGACGAAGGGAAAGACGCUGCCGGACUUGAUUUUGCCCGUGGAAGAGCGCAUCGCCCGGCUAAGGGAGUUCCUGGUGGACAUAGAUGAUACGCUGCAGUACGAAAUUGUGCCCAUCGAUGAUCCCUUUGGUCCCACGCAAGUGGAUCCUGACCUGGACAUGAUUGUGGUCAGUGCGGAGACGUUGCGAGGAGGGCAGAAGGUCAACGAGGUACGCUCCGCUAAGCAACUGCGCGAGCUGGAGAUCUUUGUGAUUGACAUUGUUGAAAGCAACGUGCAUGAUGGCAUCCACGAGACCAAGGUCAGCUCGAGUAACACACGCAUCGAUCUGCUGGGAACCCGCUGGAGAAGGCCGGAGCCACGACCACAGCUCCCGCCGCGCCCUUACAUUAUUGGACUCACUGGCGGCAUCGCAUCUGGCAAGAGCAAGAUGGGCGAGAGAUUGGCCAACAUGGGCGCCCACGUGAUCGACUGCGAUAAGGUGGCGCACGAUGUUUACGAACCUGGUCAGUUGUGCUACACCCGAAUUGUGCAGCACUUCGGACAGGGUAUUGUUUCAGACGAUGGUCGCAUCGAUCGGUCCAAGCUGGGACCCUUGGUGUUUGCCGAUCCCAAGCAGUUGCAAGCACUCAACGGCAUUGUCUGGCCGGAACUUAUUGCGGAGGUUAACAGGCGGCUGGAUGCACUGCGUUCCCAGGCGGACGUGCCGCGUGUGGUGGUCCUGGAGGCAGCGGUGCUGCUGCGAGCGGGCUGGGAGACCAAUUGCCAUGAGGUGUGGUCCAUGAUUGUGCCACCGGAUGAGGCUGUGCGGCGGAUUAUUGAGCGCAACAAGUUGAGCGAAGUGGAGGCCCAAAAGCGACUGGCCAGUCAGGUGCCCAAUUCUGAGAUCGUGGCCAAGUCGCAUGUGAUAUUCAGUUCGCAAUGGGAUCACGAAUUCACCCAGAAACAGGCGGAGCGUGCGUGGAAAAUGCUUACCAAGGAACUGGACUCUUACCAGAGCAGCCUUUAACCCGAUGGAUAUUUAGAUUAUCUUGUUGAUCCUUAUUUUGUAUGAUUUUUUAUGCAUUUGUUGUAUAUUGUUUAGUUGUAAGUCCAAAGUUGAAAAGAAAUGCUGGGACGUCAUUGGGG